UUUGCUAGGGAAAAAUAUCUUAAAGAAAUAUGUUUGAACGGUAAACUAAGACCAUCUCCAUCAGUUACACACCCAUUUAGGCGAUGGCGAUGCCUUUUCUCCGACGAUUGAGGUUACGGUUAAGGCCGCCGGCGAGGAUUGAGGGAAGAAUAGAGAGGCCGCCGGCGACGAUUAGGCCGGAUUCCCCACUGCAUGUCACGAUCGGGAGUGAGAGAGAUAUGCAAAUCGGAUAUCCAAAUUCAACGGAUGGAGGUGGAGGUGGAUGUGGAUGUGGAAUCUAUGGAGUUGACGGAGGAGGAGAGGGAGAAGAAGGUGAGAAAGGAGAAGGCUUUGAAGGAGAUCUAUGGGUUUCUUCCGCUUUGAAUCUGAAACCAAAUCUCUUCCCUUUUUUCGAUUUAGGGUUUGAUUUAGAGUUGAAAGAUGUACAACGGGAUAGGGUGUUCCAGUUAAAAGUUAAUGGUGUGGCAUUUAGGUUGAUUCCUGAGUCUACUCAAGUGAAAAAUGCCUUGAAGGAAAGGAAAACAGCUGGUAUUGAUGAUGAUGACUUCCAUGGUGUUCCAGUUUUCCAGGCUGCAUCUAUCAUCCAUGGAAAUUGCAAAAUUGAAGUUGCUGCUAAUGAGGAGAGUGAUGGGGCUGGUGUUUCGAAGAAAAGACCUUGAUGGGGAAGGUAUUUGCUUUAACUUCAUUGCAAGUUUGAUAAGUCUUAUACUUGACUUAAAAGUUAAACCUUUAGGAACUUGUUUGUUUAGUAUAUCUUGUCACUAGUUAGUGUAUCUGUGAUGAUGACCUUGAUGGAUUGAGCUAAAGCACUAUCUCAUCUAUGAAUGUGUCUAAGUCUGAUUCUAGAAUAUAAUUGCAGGUAAUAG